AUGGGGGGCUCCUCUCUUCUUAGGUGGUGUGCCUAUAGGAGGGUACUGUAUAUUGGGCACCAGUGCCAGAGGUGGGCAUCUACUACUGAGAGGAGCAAUGGGAAAGAGGAGGACAUAGCUAGUUUACUAGAGGGGGCAGAGGUGGACAGAGAAGAUGUGGUGAAGAAGCGCCAGCCCUCCAGGUCGCCCUCACAGAGUACGGUGGUCCUGUUCCCGGGGCAGGGCAGCCAGCAGGUGGGCAUGGCCAGCGGGCUCUUAAAGUACCCCAAUGUCCAAGCCAUGUUCCUGACCGCCCACAAGGUGCUGGGCUACGACCUGCUGGACCUGUGCCUCAGGGGCCCGGCGGACAUGCUGAAUAAGACCGUGCACUGCCAGCCGGCCGUCUUCAUCACCUCCCUGGCCGCUGCUGAGAAACUCGCUCAAGAAGACCCUGAUGCCGUGGAGAAUUGCGUAGUGACGGCUGGAUUCAGCGUGGGGGAAUUUGCUGCGCUCGUCUUUGCUGGCGCUUUGGAUUUUACAGAAGCGCUCUAUGCUGUGAAAAUCCGGGCGGAGGCCAUGCAGAGGGCAUCUGACGCUGUACCCAGUGGAAUGCUUUCUGUGGUCGGGACAUCGAAGACUAAGUAUCACCUGGCCUGCGCUGAGGCUGAGGAACACUGCAAGACGUUGGGUAUAGCAGAGCCGGUGUGCAGGGUCGCCAAUAUCCUGUUCCCGAAUGGCAGAGUCAUUGCAGGACAUAUGGAGGCCGUUCAAUUCCUGCAAAACAAUUCCAAAAAAUUUUCCCUGGCUCGGACUAAGCUGUUGCCGGUCAGCGGCGCCUUUCACACCCCCCUAAUGGAAUCGGCAGUAGAACCUUUAAGGAAUGUCCUGAAGACCCUCAACUUCAAGCAGCCGCUGGUAAACGUGUACUGUAACGUGGACGGGAAGAGGUACCGACACGCUUCAGCUAUUGAGGACCUCCUGGCCAAGCAGUUGGUGUCCCCCGUAAAGUGGGAACAGACAAUGCACGCCAUCUACGAGAGGAAGCAAGGGAUCAGCUUCCCUCGCACCUAUGAAAUGGGACCAGGAAUCCAGCUGGGGACGAUACUCAGGAUCUGCAACCUGAAGGCCUGGAGGGCUUACAAAAACAUAGACGUCUUUGAAAGCGCUUGAGCAAAAAAAAAAAAAAAAAAAGAGUCCGCUGCACCUUUAAAGGGGUAUUCCAGGAAAAAACUUUUAUUUUUUAUAUCUAUCAACUGGCUCCAGAAAAUGAAACAGAUUUAUAAAUAACUUCUAUUUAAAAAAUCUUAAUACUUUCAGUACUUAUGAUCUGCUGAAGUUGAGUUGUUCUUUUCUGUCUAAGUGCUCUCUGAUGACACCUCUCUCGAGAACUGUCCAGAGUAGAAGCAAAUCCCCAUAGCAAACCUCUUCUACUCUGUGCAGUUCCCGAGACAGGCAGAGGUGUCAGCAGAGAGCACUGUUGCUAGACAGAAGAGAACAACUCGGCUUCAGCAGCUAAUAAUUAUUGGAAGGAUUAAGAUUUUUUAAUAGAAGUAAUUUACAAAUCUGUUUAAUUUUCUGGAGCCAGUUGAUAAAUAAAAAAAACAUUUUUUUCUGGAAUACCCCUUUAAGUGGCUGCGAAAAUACUGUGUAAUAUAAGUGGUUUAUACAGUAGGUCACAAGCAAUAAUCACUGGGCUAUCUUUGCCUUGUUUUCCAACCAGGAUGCCUCCAGCUGUUGCAAAACUACAUCUCCCAGCAUGCUGGGAGAUGUAGUUUUGCAACAGCUGGAGUCACCCUGGGUGGGAAGCAUUGCUCUAAUUAUGGUAGAAUUGAAGACUGGAGAUAUAGCUGGUUUUACAAGCUAUAUUAGUGCUUUAUUUAAAGGGGUACUCCGAAGGAAAACUUUUUUUUAAAUCAUGGUUUUCUUUUUGGAACACAGAGCUCUCUGCUGACAUCAUGAGCACAGUGCUCUCUGCUGACAUCUCUGUCCAUUUUAGGAACUGUCCAGAGCAGCAUACGUUUGCUAUGGGGAUUUUCUCCUAAUCUGGACAGUUCUUAAAAUGGACAGAGAUGUCGGCAGAGAGCACUGUGCUCGUUAUGUCCGCAGAGAGCUCUGUGUUCCAAAAAGAAAAGAAUUUCCUCUGUAUUAUUCAGCAGCUGAUAAGUACUGGAAGGAUUAAGAUUUUUUAAUAGAAGUCAUUUACAAAUCUGUUUAACUUUCUGGUACCAGUUGAUAAAAAAAAAAAAGUUUUCCACGGGAGUACCCCUUUUACAGCUGUCUGCGGAGUUGUCGGGAGUUGGAACAUGUAUCCUGCUGCCGCAACUAAAUUAUAGUUCUGGUUUGUCUUGUGACCGUCCUUUAAAGGGGUACUCCCCUGGAAA